AUGACCGACACAAUAGCGACACAACUUAUCAUCUACGAUUUCGACUGGUCACUUGCGGACCAGGACACCGAUCGCUGGGUGUUGGAAGUUCUCGCGCCAGAUCUUCGUCGCAAGAUGAAGAGCCUAAAGGAUGAGGUCCAGUGGACCGAUCUUGUAGCUCAAUCGCUGCGUGAACUCCAUGCGCGCGGAACCACACCAGAUCAGAUCAAGGAUGCUCUCAGGAUAAUGCCAUUCCACCCUGCAAUGGUUCGUGGCGUCAAGGCAGUGAAAGCCGCUGCGAAACCGGAAACUACGUUCCUCUGCCUAUCGAACUCUAACUCCGUCUACAUCGACACAAUCUUGAAGGACAAAGGUCUUGAGGAUCUUUUCGUAGAGAUCAUCACGAACCCGGCGACGUGGGAGGAUUCCGGUUUACUGAAUCUUCGUCGACGUGUCGAUCCAUCUGGUCCUCAGCACUCGUGCAAGAUUGGAUGUCAGCCUAAUAUGUGUAAGGGGGAGGAGCUCGAAGCCUUCCUCAAGCGCCACGGAAAGGAUUUCGAUCGUAUCAUCUAUGUCGGGGAUGGCUCAAACGACUUCUGCCCUAUCCUACGACUACGCAAACAGGAUCUUGUUCUCUGCAGGGCGUAUAGAGGUCUGGAGAAGCGCAUUCUCAAAGAGGGAAAGCAGGAGGGGUUACAGUGCCAGAUCAAAUACUGGGCAGGGGCUUGGGAAGUGGAGGAGAUAUACAAGGACCUACUCACGUUCACGAGCGCGGGAAAAUCGGAUAGUCGCCGAACGCAACUUCGUCUCUACCGUCAUCUCCGUGUCAAGCCGCCUAUAUACGAGACUGAUUGGACUCCUCAUAGCGGAAAGCAUCUCUUUGUGUGGGACAAACUCGUAAUGACACUGAACCCGGCUGCAUGGUCAUCUAUCUUCUGGUCGAGCCCGACGAACGUGAAGAAGACUUUGAAUGGGCCAGGCGUUCUACAGAAGGAGGGCACGCAAAGAGAGCCCACAGCUAUCCCUUCGACGUCUUUGAACGAUGUUCUACCACCAGAAAUCCUCAUGGUCAUUCUUUGCUUUGUAUGCUCCCCACCUGGAAGCCUCGCCACCUCCCCUGCACCUACCCGUCCGGCCUGUAUGAUAGUUUCCCAAGUCAGCUCGCUAUGGCGUAGCCUUGCAUAUGCACUCCCUGAGCUAUGGGCUUCCAAUCUUCCCCAACAACACCCAGAGCUGACCAAACAUGCUCUUAAAUACGCGCAAGAUCAACCUGUCUCUUUCCACGCGUUCCCUCGCUACACGGAGACCGCGGCACACCCGAGGCAGAGUGCAUACCUGUCUCUCGCAGAGCUCCCUCGCGCACAGCAUGUUGUCGUUGGACAUCCAGGCAUGUCCGACCCUUCCAGCUGCGCUUUCGCGAUCAAACGCUUCGAGGAGAAGCCAGCGCCCCUUCUUCGCACACUCACUCUCGUAUACGGCGUCUUGGGUCAAAAGGCACUUCAGGGACAGACACCUACCUUGUUAUACGAAGUCAUUCUAUACGACUCCUGGGCAUCCCCAUUUGCACCUCUGUUCCGCGCGAGCCUCACGGAACUCGCGCUGGUCAGAUCGAACAUCGGCCUCGAAGAGCCAGAACCUGAACUUGUCGGGAUCAAACCACCUCUGAUCGCACUACUUGGUCUACUCCCAUCGCUGCAACGUCUGGUUCUGGAGGACGGUGUUCAAAGAGAAACACGCGUGAAGCCCACCUCGACCGCGCACGGUGACUUGUUUCCCGUAGCGCUAUCGAACAAUCUUCAAUACGUGCGCAUGGAAGAUGGGCCUCGGCAGAUCAGAGCGUUCUUGAGCUGGCUCUCGAUACCACUUUCUACCACACUCGACAUCCGAGCGAUAGAGACCAACGGCCCUCAUAACGUUGUUGGCCAGGGCUACUCCUUCAACCCGGUCGAUGCACUCGACGCGCUUUCCAAGUACCAUCUGAAAGGUCGCGUCAGCGGCAUCGCGUCGUAUACGCACCUACGCAUCGCAUCUGCGGGUCCUCAAUAUGCGACCGCUCAGAGCGCUGCUGUCUCCCUGGUGCUCUCGAAGCCCAUAGACGACGCCGGACUGGCUGACCUCCUCGCCUUCAGUGCUAUCUACGCUGGACCGGAUGGAAUGACAAGCCCCACCACGGGUCUGAGCAUGUUACUUCAGACCCUGCAGGGCAUGCCGUCCUCGCGUGUGCGAAGUAUUGAGCUUACACACCCUACGCUUCAAGCAUUGUCCAUCUGGCCGUCGUGGCAAGCCUUUUCUCAAGUGAUACCCGCCCUGAAUCGCAUUGUCAUUCGUGGCUCGCGAACAUUCGAGCAAGUCGCACUGGAGGAAUUCCUCGACUCGGUUCACGACUUUACCCAUCUGCGCGAACUACGCUUUGAGCGCCUGGAUUUGCUGUGUUUCGGACAGGCCGCCAGAAGUGCCGUAGCACGGUGUCCUGCGUUGAAAAGUUUCAGCGCAGCGGAGUGUAUAGUUGAGAGCGAUUGGGAGGCGAAGAUUCGCCAGGUCUUGGGAGACCGUUUCGAAUGCCAAGGGCUACUGCAGGCAGACUCCUUGACUGGGGAAGACGACGCCGAAGCCAACGCUCAUGCCAUGGAGGACGGGGAGAUCUUCGCGCUACCCCGAGAGUUCACAGACAUCCUGUAG